UUUAAUUUACAAAUGAUAUUUUUAAAUGCCAUUUUAUAUUUAUUCAUUUCUUAUACCUUAUACCCAUUUUGCAUGCCCUCAAUACAUCCCAUCGAACCGUAUCAUUUAAAAUUAGUAGAAGAAUACGUUUAUGCCCCGUUCAAACAAUGCAACUACUCUCUAAAAAAUCCAAAAAUUGUAAUCAACCCCUACAAAGAACAAAUAGAGAAUUUGGUGCAACCAAAACCUUUCGCAUCGUUUUGUUUGAAGUGUGCAGCCUGCAUAUCCGUUGCAAAUGAGAUAACGAAAACUUUAAAAACCGUUAUAUCAGAUUUAAAUGAAAACUUGGAUUUUAACAAAGAAGUGACCAAUAACAUUAACUUACUGUGUACUAGAGGUUUUAAAAAUUUCGAUUUAAGAAAAUGCAACGAAGACAUUUUAAUCACAAAUAAAGUAUUAUGCACAGAACAUGUUAGAAGCAAUAUGGAUGGCAGUUGGACUAGAAAGUUGCGUGAAAUGUGUCAUCUAUACACUUCAUACUUGGAUUUAAAUAGCACUAGCUACGAUUUUGUUGUAAAUUUAGAAGAGCUCCCAAACAAACUAUGUAGAAGUUCUGGUAUAUUUAGGGAUUGCAUUAACAUUGGCGAAGAAACAUUCAAAAAUCUUACAAGUGAAAUUAAUUUAUGUGAGCAAUGUAACUGUUUACAAUAAAAUAUAUUUUUUUAUUAUAGUC